GAUUGCAAAAUGGCGACUAGUCUAACUGCGCGAAGGGCCUCGAAUUUACUACAAAGAAAUGUACAUUGUCGCUUUGUCACUCCAAACUUCAUCUUUGGUGUGUGUAGAAACUGUUCUACUACAACGGUAGAAAUUAAAAAUGAUAAUACGUCAAUAGAAACGGCGCCAAAAAUGCAAGAGGACGAGGAAAAGAGAAAAAGGAGAGACGAGGGUAAAAAACUACAUGCUAUAUAUCACAUGAAAGUGGACAAAAUCGCUGCGGAAUUCCUCAUGAAACGACAAGAGGAAGAAAUGAAUCUAAAUCAAGAAAUGCUUAAGAAGAAGGAACUGCAAAAGCUGGAGAAAGAAAUGCACGACCGGAUUAUUGAAAGUGUCCAUCUUGAGAACGAGCGAGUAAAACAACUAAGAGAGAAAAGACUUGAAAAUAAAAAGCUAGAGGAUGAAGAACGCGAGAAAGAAAAGGAGCUUUUAAGGAGGGAAUGGGAGGCUAAACAGAGGCAGGAAAGAGUUGAAUUGGUGGAAAAGCUGAUUGAAGAAAGCAAAAACUGGGUGACUGAAGAAAACCUAGAGGAGAAGAUAGCUUAUUGCCUGGAAAAUGAAACAAACUACAACUUUGCCAUAACACCAUCAGGGGAGAGGAUUUAUUCAACCACUCCUCCUGGUUGUAUAGACUCUGAGGAAAAUACCCCUGGCCCUGCAGCUUAUUACCCAAAAGGACUACCUUCAAACCUUGAAAAACAAGAAGUGGAUGGUUAUUGAGAGAACAAACUGAAAGCAGUACAAUACCUUGUACACGUACACAAUAAAGAGGAGUGUAAAACAAAUUUUACAGGAGCAACGCACCUGACUGAGUAAUGCCUCCUGAGCCAUCAAGUGCAACUAACUAAAAACUUUAGCCUCCCAAUCUUCAGUUAAAAAAUUUAUGAAAUCUCAUGCAUCUUGUGCACUAGGGAAAGGUAUCUUCAUUUGGUCAACAAAUUGUUAGAGAAAUUUUACGGAAACACUAAGUAACUGUCUGUUGUUCACAAACAUUGAUAGCUAACUUCGCUUUUUGGCUAACUUCCGUCUCCCCCAUCCUAAUUUCAAGCAUAAGCACUCAUUUUAUUCACAGAAUACUUUGGAUGGUCAAUGGAGCGAUGGAACCAAACAGAAAAUUGAGAGGAACAUCUUAACCUAGGAAUUUCCACCAGCUAUUCAGGCUGUACUUCUGUUGGCUAAACUCUUAAGAUUAGAACCAUAGGAAAGACUCUCACCAUUCAGUUGUAACUAACACAAAACCUCACUUAACAGUUCAACUACAUCAAUUCUUUAUUAGUGAACUGGAGUUGAAAUAAAAAACUUAUCAGCUAGA